CGAGGGGGCGGAGCGACGGCCGGAUGCGUCGAGAGAAAAUGUCAACAACAUGCCGGCGACUUCCAGAGAGACAGAGACCGAGGCUGCCGCUGCAGGGGCGGACAGACAGAGACAGCGAGGGGACCAGGCGUCUCACAACGUCGUGUCUGUCCUAUCACAGCUCGCAGAUGAUCAUUUGACUCUUGUGCGGAACAUAAGCACUGGGCUGGCGAUUGCUGGUGUUCUGAUAAUUGCAAGGAGCAUCAAACUGAUCACCAAAUUUCAAGCUGCGUCUGAGAUCCCGGCUCUUUUCAUCGAGAGGAACGUCCGCCUUCGUGGGAGAGUUCACUCCGUCACAGAGAAAGGACUUGAAGUGGAGCAUGUCCCGAUUCAUCUGCCAAUCCUCUCAACACUACUUAACAAACACAAGGGUGUGUCCAGGUCUCCAUUGCUGGUGCAUCUUGCCGGAGUGGAGCUGACACCCGAGGGGAGGGACUGGCUGCAGAAGAACCUGGCCCCCGCCCAAACAGUCUGGCUAAAACUGAUCAGCCGUGAGGACGACACACUGCACUGCUUGGUUUCUCAAAGCAGGCAGGGGUCGUUAUGGAGCUACUGUGUGAACGAAGAGGUCCUGAAGCUCGGCCUUGCUCGCAGGGGGCCCAUCGCAGUCCGGCCUGACUCUCCUCUCCACUGGCGUCUCCACAAACGGCUGCACAGGGCAGAGGUCAAGGCCGAGAGGAAGGGGCGGGGGCUUUGGAAGGAGGAUAGCCGAUGGGAGAGGGCGUCCAAGGCAGUGAGGGACAGUGCUUUACUCAGACUGAUGAGGAGGAUAUUCAAAAGGACUUGAUUGAUUGAUCCAUGGCAGAAUGGAAAAAAAGUAAAUUGUGUCUCAAGGUCUGAUGUCAUCAAAAUGUGACAUCAGUCUAUUUAUCGACUCAUAUAACGGAGUUCCUGUUCUGUUCAUAAAGUGUAAAAAGGGAGUUCAGGCAACUUUGUUUGGGAAGAUCUACUCGGCUGUCCUGUGAGAUAGAUGCACUUUUCAGGCAAUGAAAGAUAUAUUAAUUUGCCUGAUAUCACAAAGUUGAUUUCUUUUGACUUUCAUCGUUUUCAUUUAAAAAAUGUCAUUUGAAACCAUGUCUCACAUCCUGGUGAUAAUCCCUCAGCUUUCACCUCACCCUAUUAACCCACAACUCAGCACAGCCCCCUGUGUGUGUGUGUGUGUGUGUGUCGGACACCCCACUAAACACAAGAUGGGGGGCGGGGUAUGUUAAUUGUUCAAAAUGGAGAGAGGGUGGGGGGUGCAGGGGUCCACUUGUCCUUCCCUGAAAUCACUGUUGCUAUAGAAACACCCAAUGUGAAAUACAAAGGGGCCGGACUCCAUAUUGGCCGACCCAAACCCCACGGGAGCCUUACAUGCAGGGUGUGUGGUGGGGUCUUUAAGUGCCAAUGAAGAGGCUCCUUGUCUGUGUAAUGUGACCAGUAUUUAAGCACUGGGAAUGUGACCUAACCUGUAAGAGGCCUUGGAUGUUGAAGCACUAUGUGUAAAACAGUGAGAUAAAUAAAGAUGUGUUCCUCUACACCUGGUGAAGAUCAAG